AAGUGCCGGGCGGGCGAUGUGAACCAGCGCCGCUGAUUCAGGGCCGCCAGGGCGCACGACUCGCAAAUGUUUGUAAUUUUAAACACCGCAACGGGUGACGCCUUUUAAAGGCCGAGUCGACCUAGGGGAGGCCCCGGGACUGGGUUCAAGGUAUUGGCCUUCACUGUCAUCGGUGAGCGGAGAAGUUCGAACGCGGGCUGCCCGAGUUCGGAACGCGAUGCGGUGGCGCUAACCGAUGCGCCACCGCUCCCUCCCCUCCUCUGGCUCCCCCGGGCUGAGGGGGGAGGGGGGAGGAAGUUUCCCCUCUCGCCCCCCCCCCGCGUCCCCGACGGAGGCACAGCCACGAGCACCGCUGUUGCUACCACCACCACCGCCGCCGCCGCUGCUGCUACCAUCGUCGCUCCUUCUCGCCGCCUCUCGCCGCCCUCCAGCUCGCCACAAACUUGGUGCGAGCGGCGCGGCCCGUGCCGGGGGGCGUGGAGCCGCCAGGCGGAGAGAGACGCCGCCGGCAGCAGCAGCAGCAGCGGCCCGGCAGAGAUGCCGCUCGCGCAGCCGCCGCCGUCACUGCCGCUGCUGCCGCUGCUGCCCUCUUCCUCUUCCUCCUCCUCACCGCCGCCACCGCCGCCACUCGCCGUGUGAGGAGUGACCCGCGUCUGUGCCAAGCGGUAGCAGCAGCAGCAGCGGUGACGCCGGUGGUGGCGGUGCCGUGCUGCCAGAACCGGCGCCAGCAGCCAUGGGGUGUGGCCUGCGCAAGCUGGAGGACGCGGACGAGGGCAGCCCCGGCAAGAUCUUCUCCACGCUGAACCGGCAGCAGGUGGAGGCGCGCGUGAGCCCGGCGUACGAGUGCCUCCCCCUCGACUUCACCACCGCCCGCUCAGACGCGCUGCCCGAGGGCGUGCAGGCCGUGGCGUCCGUGCUCGACCUCCCGGCGCGGCUCCACGACCUCGGUCGCCGGGGAUUUUGGGUAGCGGCGGUCCACCCGCUGCUGUUGCCGUGGGGACGCCGCCGCUCGUUGCUCGACCAGAUGCUCCGCCUCGUCCUCGUGCGUCCAUCACCCAGCGCUGGAUCCGGCUCGGAGCCCCCAGGGAGGUUCCGGCUCCUGGUGGAGGAGUGCCCGCUCUCCGGCCCGGAGCUCACCACAGAAGCCUUCAAGACCUUCCUCAAGAAGUCUCUGGAGGCGGCGGUGGAGCGGGGCCACUCGUACGUGGGCGCCGUCGCCCAGUACUCCCCCAGCGGCGCCGGCUCGCUGCCCCGUUGCUCCGGCCGCAGCGUCGCCAGCGAGCUCCCGUCCGCCCGCUCGCUCGCCUCGGACGAGCGCGCCACGCCGCCCGGGAGACGGAGCAAUGGGGCAUCCCCCGAGGGGGAGCACGGCGCUGCCGCCGCCAGCGAGGGGGAGGCGGACGAGGAGGAGGACGACGAGGUUUUCGCCGAGACGACGCCCGACGCGCGAGCGGCGCCAGGGAGGGAAGACUCGCCGGAGGAGGAGGCAGCAGCGGCGCGGGAACUCGAGGGGGAAUCGACGGAGAGCGGCGGCCACGGCGGUGGCUACGACCUGCGCGUGUUCCUGCUCUACAACGUGCCAGAGGACCAGCGCCCCGGUCCCGCCUACUACACGGACACGCUGCCAAUCAGAGUCACCCGCCGUGGACAUGCCCUCUCCGCGCUCGACGCCGAUUGGCUGGACCGCCUAAGCCGCCACCUGGAGGAGGGGGCCACCCUGGCCGACGCCCAAAUCUUGCCGUUCACCGGGAGAGGCGACCGAGGACCCAAGGCGCUGGAGGGGCUCCUCGUCUUCGAAGAAAAUGUCGACACGUCCUCGUGCUCCUCCUCCUCCUCCUGCUCGUCGCCAGAGAUGAGGACGGGGAACGAUGUGAUCGUGGUGGAGCAGCUCACCCUGAUUGAGGGCUGCGAGGUGAAGACGGACUACGUGCCGCUGCUGCACACGCUCGCCGAGUCGGGCUGGCUGCUCACCGCCAUCCUGCCCACCCCUGUCGUGAAGCCCGACAGCGAAGGAAACUUGGUGAGCAAGCAGAUCGUCUUCCUGCAGAGACCCAUGCAGCCCGCAAGACCCACACCAGACACCCCCAAGAGUGGGAAGAAGGCAUGAUGAUGAUGGUGGAAGAAGGCGUCAUGAUGAUGGUGGUGGUGGUGCUAUAAGAAGGCGUGGUCAUGAUGAUUUUGGUGAAAGGCGUAAAGAUGAUGAUGGUGGUGGUGCUGGAAGAAGAUCCAGGAGCCAUGCGGAACAGCAAAUGUGUGCACACACAGGAACGAUGACGACGAUGACGACCGCCACUCAGUCACCGCGGUGGCGUCACCACAGCACAAUGCCACAUGGGGCCCCCUCAUUCAUCGCGGUGCAUGUGCCAGGCUAUGUGCACUUUUAGGCCACGUGAAGUGUCAAAGGCUUUUUUGUUAUUUUCUUUGAACCUAUCUACGUGACUUUACCAAACGACCCAAAGAAUAUAUCAAAGGCUGUUCAUCUUUCUGCGCACACACACCCAUACGCACGCACCCAGAUCCCCCGUUUAGCUAUACACACAAAUCCACUUGUGCGCAUGCACACACACUCGCACACACGCGCAUACACACGCACACACGCCGACGCUGCAGAACAGGACAGCAACGUCAAUUCGGUGCACGUUGAGUGGUUGUGCCCAUUACGAACACGCGCGCACGUCACACGCACGCGCGCCACCACGCCGCGAUCAAGGCCGUGACCCCGCACGCACGCGGGACACGGUCGCAUCAGGUUGAACAGUCGGACGCAGAGUCGCUCACUCACGGCUCUUCCUAAGAUCGCGCCCCCCUCACCAGCGCCCCCCUGUGGCCGUGACCAGUAAAUGCAACGUGCGCUCUCGAAAUACUUUUCCUUCGCAGUCGCCGUGCCAACGUGAGACAGUGUUUGGAGGUCCAUGGAACUCUGAUGCCAGGGUCACAAUGUAAUACAUUAUUUGAACCCACCCCCCUCUGUCUCUAGCCGGUCCGCGCCGUUCUCGCUGUCCCAAAGCUGCAGCGAUGGUGGGGUUCGCCGGUUUGUCUCUCGCACCUUUGUAGAGACAACAACCGCCAGUGUGGGGACACCUGAGCAGACACCCGACACCGAUGUAGGAUUAUGACCCACGGUGGGGGGCGGGGUCAAUUUAUUUUUGGAGAACGCGUAACCCAGGGUUCAAAUUAUAUUUCUUCUCAUACCAGUCCAAAUUCUGUGGGGUCCAAAUGCUUUCUCGCACCGGCCGACAGCAGAGCUCCGACGGGCAGAGCCCGGCCACUCGCGAACAGCGCCGGCGGCAAUGGCGGGAGACGCCGCUGGCACGUGGCCGAGAGAGACACGAGGCAGUGGGCCACGCCGGCCGGGCAGCCGGCACGCCGUCAGGGUCACGGGGCGACCCGCGAUGGGGGGGCCGGGGGGCUCGACGUUGGAUUUGAGGAUUUGGGGUCGGGCUCCCCCUGGGCACGCUAAAAACGGUGACCCGCCUGGCCCCUGUCCUGUCUGCUGUGGGCGGUGAACGAGACGAGGGCGGCAGCGUUCCCAGACCCCCCGCGUCUGCGGUUGAGAACGAUCAUUCUCAACCACAGAACGAUAUUCUGUCUAAAAGCGUAUAUGCAAUUUUAACGUGCAGUAUUUUCCUCUAGAUUUCACGGUAUGUUACAAACUGUGCUCUGUUUAGCCUUCAGAAAGCAGAGCGAUCUGUAUUUUGAAGCAUCUUGUUUAUGGGAAUGAGGUAAUCAUCAAGAUUGUUAAAAACUUUGAUGAGAGUAUUUUUUAUACCGAAAACCGUUUUUUGUUUGUUUUUACACUUUCGCAGUAUUAACGAAUUACGAUGCCGCCCGUCAGUGUGUGUCUUGCUUCCAAGGAAGGGCUAAAUAAUUAUCUGCAUCGCUCGCUAUUUAAUUAACGUAAGGCGUCCGCACGAUUGUUCACGCGUGUUUGCCGGACUCUUAAGCCAUUGUACGCGACUCACGGUUCCUGCCAAAAUGUCCCUGCCGGAGGGAACGUCUCUCUCCGUCUCGCUAGGGCCCUGCCGGAGGGAACGUCUCGCGAGAGAGAGAACGUCUCUCUCCGUCUUGCUAGGGCCCUGCCGGAGAGAACGUCUCUCUCCGUCUUGCUAGGGCCCUGCCGGAGGGAACGUCUCGCGAGAGAGAGAACGUCUCUCUCUGUCUUGCGAGAGAGAGAACGUCUCUCUCUGUUUCGCGAGAGCGAGAGAACGUCUCUCUCCGUCUUGCGAGAGAGAGAACGUCUCUCUCUGUCUCGCGAGAGCGAGAGAACGUCUCUCUCUGUCUUGCGAGAGAGAGAACGUCUCUCUCUGUCUCGCGAGAGCGAGAGAACGUCCUCUCUCCGUCUUGCGAGAGAGAGAACGUCUCUCUCUGUCUCGCGAGAGCGAGAGAACGUCUCUCUCCGUCUUGCGAGAGAGAGAACGUCUCUCUCUGUCUCGCGAGAGCGAGAGAACGUCUCUCUCCGUCUUGCGAGAGAGAGAACGUCUCUCUCCGUCUUGCGAGAGCGAGAGAACGUCUCUCUCCGUCUUGCGAGAGAGAGAACGUCUCUCUCUGUCUCGCGAGAGCGAGAGAACGUCUCUCUCCGUCUUGCGAGAGCGAGAGAACGUCUCUCUCCGUCUUGCGAGAGAGAGAACGUCUCUCUCCGUCUUGCGAGAGCGAGAGAACGUCUCUCUCCGUCUCGCGACGGAGGCCACGGGGCGGCCGCUUCCUGGCGCGCCGCGCGAUAUCGCCGCGUCCGCUCGGCGACGUCGCACCGUCCGUUUUGCACAAAUAUCCUCAAAUCACGAUUACCUUUGCUCGCUUCGUUUUUUCGUAUAUAUAUUUUUCAUUUCCUAACGAUAUUUACGGAAUGGCAAACGCGAUUAUUAAUAUUUCUACGAUAAAAUUUACGGCCAUCCGUUAAAUGCACGUUUUUCAAAAUGCGUUUGGGAUAAAUUGCCGGCACGUUUGGUGGUCACGCGCCGUCGUGGUUUUCUCACCGCGUGCGCGCUGCCCACGCCCCACAGAGGAUCCAUUCGGAGACUCGCAGCAGGCGUACGGCGAGAGAACGGGAGUCGAAUAACUUCUGAGCGGUCUCCAAUUCGUACUUGAAGUUCAUCAAUGCACAGAAUCACGAUGUAAAUAAUGUGAAUUAAUUACAGAGUAAAGGGAAACCGAUAUCGCGAUAAUGGUCACUUCGUGAAAUGCGCAUUGUGGUGUCGUGUGAGGAAGAGCGAUGUCGCGGCAGCCCUCGUGAAGCCGCCGGUCGAGCGGUGGGCGCGCGCCACGCCGCCCGACUGCACAUGGCACCACCAGCACCACCACCAGCACCAGCAGCACCCAGGAGGCCAUUGCCGUUGCAAUAAAAACAGAACCCUGCGCAGCCAA